AUGGCCGCCCAGGACCCCGACGAGCACUCCGACUACGACUACGACUUCGGGUCCUUCCACCGACCGAUCAGCACGACCAGCGCGCAAGCCCAAGCCUGGUUCGACCGCGGGCUGAUCUGGACCUACGCCUUCAACCACGAGGAAGCCGCCCACUGUUUCCAGAAGGCCAUCGCGCACGAUGCCAACUGCGCCAUGGCCUACUGGGGACUGGCCUACACACUAGGUCCUAAUUAUAACAAGCCAUGGGAAGCCUUCGACGAGCAGGAGCUCCACGCGGUCAUCGGACGCACUCACCACGCUGUCGCUCAGGCACAGAAGUGCGCUGCCAGCAGAGACAGGAGUAUUACGCCGGUGGAAUCUGCUCUGAUUGAUGCGCUUCAAGCGCGAUACCCGCAGGAUACAGCCACGGCGGACUUCUGUCCCUGGAACCAGGGGUACGCGGAGGCCAUGGAAUCGGUGUACGCGCGCUUCCCCAAUGAUCUCGAGGUGGUGACGCUCUACGCGGACGCAUUGAUGAACCUGACUCCGUGGGCGCUGUGGGAUCUGUCUACGGGGCAACCCGCCGGCGGGGCACGCACCGAGGACGUGAAACGCGCGCUGGAUGCCGCGUUGACUCGGCCUGAGGCGCUCCAGCACCCCGGUCUUCUGCACCUCUACAUCCAUCUCAUGGAGAUGUCCCACGAGCCUGAGACGGCGCUGCGCGCCGCGGACCAUCUGCGUGGUCUGGUCCCCGACGCGGGCCAUCUGAACCACAUGCCUAGCCAUCUGGAUAUACUGUGUGGCGAUUAUCGGCGGGCGAUGGCGUCGAAUUCCGAUGCCAUCCGCGCGGAUGAGAAGUUCCUGGCGCGCAAGGGGCCGGUGAAUUUCUACACGCUGUAUCGGUCGCAUGAUUACCAUUUUCGGGUGUAUGCGGCCAUGUUUGCGGGGCGGGUGGACGUGGCGUUGGAGACGGUGGGGAGGUUGGAGGAGUCUAUCCCGGAAGAGCUGUUACGGGUUGAGUCGCCGCCUAUGGCGGAUUGGUUGGAGGGGUUUGUGGGGAUGAAGGUGCAUGUGUUGGUGAGGUUUGGGAGGUGGGAGGAGUUGUUGGGGUUGGGGGUGCCGGGGGAUAGCAGGCUGUAUUGUGUGACGGCGGCGAUGGUUCAUUAUGGGAAGGGGGUGGCGCUGGCGGCGCUGGGGCGGGUGGAUGAGGCCGCAGAGCAGAGAGCGUUGUUGAGGCAGUCGGUCCAGAGGGUCCCGGAGAGUCGGAUGAUUUUCACGAAUAAAUGUGUGGAUAUUCUGGCUGUCGCGGAGACCAUGCUGGAUGGGGAGCUCGAGUAUCGGCGGGGGAACUUCGACGCGGCGUUUGAGCAUCUGCGGCGGUCGAUUGCGUUGGAUGAUGGCCUUCCGUAUGAUGAGCCGUGGGGGUGGAUGCAGCCGACGCGGCAUGCGUAUGGCGCGCUCCUGCUCGAGCAGGGUCGCGUCCAAGAGGCCGCGGAUGUCUACCAGGCGGACCUGGGGUUCGAUGAUACCCUGCCCCGUGCGAGGCAGCACCCAAAUAACGUAUGGGCGCUGCAUGGGUAUCAUGAGUGUUUGACCCGGCUGGGACGGGCAGCUGAAGCGCGCAUCGUGAAGCCCCUGCUGAAGCAGGCGCUUGCCACGGCCGACGUGCCAGUGCGGUCGUCGUGUUACUGUCGUCGGGGAGUGCCGAAGUAG